CUUAUAAGAAUGCACUUGCACGUAAACAGCACUGAAAACGAUCCCCAAUGAUCAAUGAAUAGUAAUUAAAUGUAAACGCAAAGGACUCUUCAAAUCCCUGCCCUCAAUCCCUGUGCUACAUUCUGCCUUUUCUUUCUUACAGCUCAGAUCUUAAUUAAACGGGUUGGACUGAGGUAUUGAUUGAUUCUGAGAAAAAAAAUCUUAUAUUAAUAUUUAUUUUUAAUUUCUACAUCAAAUUAAAAUAUACAAAUUAUAUUCAUUUGCUUUUCGAAUUACAGUAGUUGUCUGAAUUGACUAAUUUAAAUUGGAGCCUAAUUAGAAGUCAGGCCUAACUAAUUAAAAGCCUUGUUGCUCUUAUCUAAAACAGGAAAGUAUUCUAGAAACGGAAUGGAAUAUUAAAGCAUGCUUUGUUAUGAGGCAUGGUGCAGGCAGGAAAAGAAGGUGACGAUCCACUUAUGGCUCAGAGACAACAAGGGGGUUUAUUAAAGGACACACUUGGGUAGACUACAAAACAAAUAGACCACAUGGAGGCAGAACUAAACAGGGGGAAAUAAUUGACAGGACCAUACAGUACAUACACCAGCUAAAGGAACCAGGCAAGACUGGAACAGGACCAAGCAACAGGCAGAAUACAACACACAGUAAUUAACACAGAGAGUAUCGUCUCACAAUGACCAACUGAGGAGAAGAACACAGGCAGGUACACACACACAAACACACUGCGGCUAUAGCGAGUGUGACGUCAGCGGACAAAGACCGAUUGAGUGGACCUGCUGGCUGGACCAAAAACACAAGGAUGGACCACUUGGAAGUUUGUUACAUGCAGAAAGCAAUACCCUGUGUAAAUAGUUUUAAUGGGAUGGAUGUGUAAUCAGUGUAAAGUAAUUUGAUUUUAAAAAUUAAGUUGUGAUGUUAAUAUAACGUGCUUCAAAUUAAAUGUUUAAAAUGAACUUAUGCUGUUAUGUCAUGAAGUGUUACAUGAAUGUUUAAGUGAAACAAAUAAGCUAUGUUAACAUUCAUUGUUCUUAUUAACCGCUUAAAAAGAACUCAGUAAAUGUUUGUGAAAGAAAUAGCUUACUCUAACACCACAUUCAUUACUAAUGAGUUACAGUGUGUUUCACUUUAUAAUACUGUUCUUGUUCUUUAGUAACUCCUAUGGAAGAAGUCAGUAACGCCACAUUCAUUACUAAUGAAUUACAAUUAGUUUUAUUUAGGUCAUUAGUAAGACUUCAUUCCUUAUUUAAAAUGCAUACAUUAAUUUCUUAAUGUUUAGAAAAGAUCAACAAUAUGUGGUGGAGCACAUCAUGUGGCAAAACACGAGUCUCUGUUUGACCAUCCCUUCAGUUGGACUUCAAAGCACAGUUUGAAGAACACUGGCACACGGACUGAAGUGAGGUAAAUAAUUAAAAUGUAGGUACUGUAUACAUAUUUUAGUCAGUAAUAUUUUGUAGAAUAAGUUGUAUGUCAUACAAACAAGUAGGAAGAAACAAGCCUGUUAUUCCAAAAGGAAAAAAAAAUGGCAAAAACCAUUCAGAACAGUAGCCUGUAAGUUCCUGUUAGUCCAAAAAAAGCACUGUUCAUUUGAUGAGUAAUGAACUAGUAGUUAUUAGAAAUAAUCCAUAGUUAGUACAUAAUUCCCAAUGAGACCAGCAAUACUCAAUAGUUCCUAAUGAAGUAAUAGAGAACUACUAUAAUAAUUACCUAUUGAGUAAUUAAGCAUAACUCCUUAGUAGUUAAUAGUACCAAUUUAGGUUUUAAUGAAGCGCUACUCCUUUGUUGCUGCUUACUUCCUGCAUAUUUACCUGUUAACUACGGAACAGUAUUAUAAAGUGUUACCCACAGGGACACACAAGCUGUGGUACACGAAGGACGGGUUGCACGUCCACCACGUUCGGGCUGUAGAGGAAUCCAUACAAACGCGGGGAAAUCAGGCUGACUCUGUUCUCUCAUUUUGUACAAUUUGUCUUAAAAAAAGAGCAGGUAAAAUGAACAGCUGAUCGAUUUGCUUUGAAGAUACGCCUACCAAAUCUUUUAAAUCACCGUUGCCACGAAUCUAACUUGAAUAAAAGUAUGUUCAAUACAAUUAUGUUUUUAAUGUCGGAAUAAAAUAAAACUACAUAGCGUACUGGUGGACACUGGUUAUAGUCCUCAUAUCACUCAUCAGCAUUGCGCCAACUAGAGUCAGUGAGACAGCACAGCUUUUAGGCUGAAAACAGUCUGAUCCGCCGAGGACAUCUCCAUCGCCGGGCGCCUCCUCCAUCCCCGAGAAAUGGCAGUCAGCGUGAUGUGAAGAAAAGGAAGGGGGGAAACACAACAAAUGGAUGUGUGAGGAUGAGAUUACCCAGCUCGAUUUUUGUGUCCGUCUCUCUGUUCACCGCCGAGACUACGGCAGCUUUAUAUCUCAGCAGCACGUACCGAUUUGCGGGGGACCAGAUCUGGCAAGGGCUCACGCUUCUCUUCACACUCGUCCCGUCCGUGCUGGUACAGCUAACCCUCACCUUCAUCCACAGGGAUCUCAGCAAAGAUAAACCUCUUGUGCUGCUGCUCCACAUCCUGCAGCUCGGACCGAUUGUCAGGUGUCUGGAGGCUUUCUGCAUCUAUGGCAGCAUCGGGAAGAUCGAGGAGCCGUACGUGAGCAUCACCAGGAAAAAGCAGAUGCCCAGAAAUGGGCUAGCAGAGGAGGUGGAGAAGCAGGUGGGCCAGGCUGAGGGGAAGCUGGUGGCCCAUCGUGCCGCAUUCGCCCGGACCUCCGUCAUCCAGGCCUUCCUGGGCUCCGCCCCUCAGCUGACCUUGCAGCUCUACAUCUGUGUGCUGCAGCAGAGAGUGUCCAUCGGCAGAGGUACACUGAUGGUAAUCUCACUCCUGUCUAUAGUGUACGGCGCCUUACGCUGCAACAUCCUUGCCAUUAAAAUCAAGUACGACGACUACGAGGUGAACGUGAAACCUCUAGCCUACCUCUGUAUUUUCCUCUGGAGGAGUUUCGAGAUUGCGACCAGGGUGGUGGUCUUGGUCCUCUUCAGCUCUGUCCUUCAGAUCUGGAUCCUGCCUGUGGUCCUCAUCAACUUCUUUACCUUUUUCUCAUACCCUUGGAUCCUGUUCUGGAUGAGCAGGUCUCCUUUCCCCGAGAACAUUGAGAAGACGUUUACACGGGUGGGCACCACCAUGGUGCUGUGCCUGCUCACCUUCCUGUACGCCGGCAUUAACAUGUUCUGCUGGUCGGCAGUUCAGCUGAAGCUUAACGACCCAGACCUGAUCAACAAGUCCCAGAACUGGAACCGCAUGGCCGUUUACUACAUGCUGCGGUUCGUGGAGAACGCGACCCUCAUUCUUCUGUGGUAUGUCUUUCAGACUGACUUCUACAGGUUCAUCAGUGGUCCCCUGCUGGUCCUGCAGCUGCUUAUCGGCUAUGCCAUUGCCAUCUUCUUCAUGCUGGUCUUCUACCAGUUUUGCCACCCUUGCAAGAAACUUUUCUCCUCCAGCAUCACCCGUGGCCUCUGGGAAUGGUCCAGUGUUCUCUGCCUCUUGUGCAGGUCACGCUUAGAUGCAGGACAAUGUGAAAAGUCGGUUCUGGAGUCACCCAGAGCUAUAGACAAGGACACCUUGAACGAUGUAGCAGUUCCUGAGAGUGGAACCCCCGAUUAAAGCUUGUCACUUCACCCAUAAUCACUGCCAGUGGCUGAGCAACUUACUUAUGCUGGUCUUACGAUGUCAGUAUUGCAUUCAGCUCAUGGAAAUGGUCUGUGCACAAUAUGUGUGCGAAAAAGGUUACAUAUAGAGCAAUGUUUCCCAAUCCGCCCUUUGUGGACCCACAGCCGGUCCAUGUUUUUGCUUCCUCUGAGCUUCCUGCCAGGCAGGGAGCAAAAACGUGGACUGGCUGUGAGUCCACGAGGACCGGAUUGGGGGAAACACUGGUAUAGAGAUUGCACAUCCCAACUCGACGUGUCAGUUCCCAUACUUGUGGCUAUAUAAUGCUAGAGAUACUGCGUUUCGAUAAACGUUCGAUUCUAUGGCACAGUGUCCCUGUGGUGUGGCAUUAAUUACGCAUGUAUGAGUAGUAAAAAGAGCCAAAAGCCAUCUUUUCCAAAUAAUCACAAUAACCUUUAUUUAUAAAUAUAAUAUGGUAUAAUGUAUGCUGGAAAAACAAUGAACAACAAAUGAGUUCAAGGGCUGUUGUAUUGGUUUUUAAUUAAUAAUUGCGAUAUACCAGGAACCAUUUGUUACUUUACUGUUUGUUUAUUAUGGUUUUCUUAGUCUCGCAGGCAAUAUAGCUAUACUGCUUGUAUUUAUAUAUACAUAUAAAUAUAUAUCAAAUGGAGAGUGCAUUCAUCCAUACAGAAUCUCUUAUCACGAUGCAGUCCUGACCAGGAAGCCCAGGGCAGAAUGCGGGGGCCUUCUGGGUGGGUGGUGUGACAUGUCUUGUGUAAACAUCUCGCAUAAUGAUCUUAAGCUGACGUGCAAGGCCAGAGCCAUCUGAGAAUAACAGCAUGAUUCAUUUCUUCAUUCACGCAACCCUUUAUUUGAAGGAGCUGUCCGCUCAGAGGCAGCAAGGCAACUCAGUAUAGUGAGCAUGCGAUUUACAAUUGAAACAGUGGGAGACAAUGUUGAUUGUACCAGUGCAAAAUUGCACCUAGAUCUAGUACUUAGAUUAUUUUUCACAUUACAGAUUGUAGCUGGAAUAAUGUGUAUGAAAAUUGUGUUUGAGAGUUUAUAUUCUAAAUCUCCUGCACAAAAAGGGGCAAAACAUAGUUAUCUGAAAUAUUAUUAGAUUAUAAUUGUGCAAUACAGUAAUUAACAGCGGAAUUCCAUACCCCUUGGUGCAGAAACACCAUAACUGAUACUCUUUGCAGGUGCAGGACAUCAUUUGAUAAAAAUCCAUGUUUCGUCUGAAUUUCGAUAUAGUUACAUUAUUAGUGCUUAAGAUGUGUGGCUGUUUUAUAAUGUUUUCUGGAAAUGAGCAUGGAAAAACUCCUGUCACAUGUUUAGCAUGGAGAAUUGCACAUCGCCUCAUGUUUUCAAAGCUGGAACAUUUAAGCUAAGGUAAUUUAGUGCUGUUAUUCUGUUUGUGGAGGAUUGCGUUAGUUUAAUUUUUGCAGCACAUUUGCAUGAGACUGGAAGCAUUUCAGAAAGUCUGUAUAUUGUACAGUAAUGGUGUCACCAAAAAGUCAGUCAUUAAAUCUCCACAUUGUAUCGUAUCAUAAAUAUUAAUAUCCAAAAUGUUAUAUUAGUAUGUUUAUUUUUUUAUUUUGCUGUAAAUUUCAUAUACCUUAUAUGUCAAAUACCAGAUUGUGUGCAUGUUAAUAUGAUGAUAUACAAAUAUAUAUUUAUGGAAAUGAUACUUUUUCACAUAUUUGUUGUUCAACUGCAGAACAGAUGUUUGCAGAUGUUUGGCAGUUAUUCAUGUUUUGUUGCAUUAUUUGUUUAUAAAGGUGUGUUACUGGUAUCACCUUUCAAGUACACCGUGACAGUCUUCUUUGCCUCAGAUUCCACAUUUGUGUAUUUUAUUCACCUCUAGAUGCCAAAGAAAUCUAUGCAAUAGUUUCAGUUCUCACCAAUGCCAUAAUGUAGUGUUACACUUUAGACCUUUCAGGUGCCUGGAUUCCUCUUGUGUGGAGGCCGUGACAGACCAAGGAAAUUCUGUUAAAGACUUUCAGUUAAGCCGCACUGGAUUUGAAGAUAGAUCCGAAAUACAUUCGAGUCUUACAGCUCUGAGCACUAUUCUGUUUCCACUGUUUAAAGGCUAUAAGACGUAAUGUGUAUGAUUCAUUUUUAAUUUAUAAUAUAUUUUCAUUCUGACUAUUUAUUUGGGCUUAUAAUUUGCUGUGAUUUUCUGGGGUGAAAGUUCUGCCUUAAGACAAAAUUGCUAAUAAACUGUAACUUGAAAAUA